UAAUAUCAAUGCAGUAAGAGGAAGUUGUCUUUGAUGACGCAUUCAAUUAGAUCCUAAAAAAGGUUUUAGUGGAAGUUGAUGGAUUUUUUGAGUUAAAGGAGUACAUCGGAACCAAAAAACCAUAAUUCAAUGUAUGCAAUUUGGGCACAAAUAGUUUAUUCAAACCACAUUUUCUAAUGUUGUGGACCAAGAUAACAAUAGAGCAAAACUUGAGUAGAACGUUUAGAAAAUACUUGAGGAGUUACUCAGAAAUAAUGUACAAAGACUUUUUAUCAGAGUGUUUUUUUAAUACCUAAAAAACAACCAGGAGUAAAUGGAUUUGAGGCAGUUUUAAGAUUCAGGAAUAGCCAAUAAUUGGAAGGAUUUAUAAGUUUAAGAACUACUUGAUUUCAUCGAGCUUUUUGAUUUAAAAAAUUUGAUCACUGAAAAUUAGUACUAUUUAGAAUACAUAAUUUAGAUUGCAUUAACACUUUAAGGAUUUGCUUUAAAAAUAGAAAUUUGAUGAUGCAUAUCUGUUUUAUACGAGUGUAAAAUUACCUCAGAAUUGUUUCGAUAAAUUAAUUGAAUAAAUGUUAUACAAAAAUGAGGCCAGCAAAGCAGCAGAUUUCAUUAAAAAAUAACAUAUUGAUCCAGUCUAAUAUCCCAAGUUAGUGGAGAGACUGGAAAAAAACUGUAUAAAAUACAUGUCCAAAGAACACCCUUGGUAUAAAAAUGAGGAAAUGCUCCUGUAUUAACAAUCGUUUUUAGUGCGCUUUUGCGAAGAUGCAUAUUACACUUUUUAGUCAAAAGAAGCGCUUUCAAUCGUUAAAAGAAAUAACUUAAUAAACUUAAUAAAGAACCCAAUUUAGAAAGAAUAAAUGUGUUUGGAGUUGUAGAGUGGAUUUUAGGAAAUCCCUAAUCCGCUGUUUGCUAAAGAUGAAUUUAAACCUGUUGAGGAAUUUUUAAAUAAUGAAACCGAUGCUUAUUUGAAUUGCAAGGAUUUUGGCUAUCCUGAAAAUCAAAUAAUAUUUAUUGAUAAAAUAGAUGAGAAUUAUUUUGAUGCAUGGAAAUGCAUUCAUUCAAGCAAUGCUGUUGGUAUCACAUAUAUGUAUUAAUAUGAAAGGCUAUGAUUGUGAACAUGUAACACCUUGGACCAAGUUGGAUCUUAAUGGAUUCAAAGUUUGUUUCGUGUAAAUUGCCACAUCAAGUCAUGCGUUUUUGUUUGACUAUUAAAAACUCAAAGAGUCUCAGGAAUUUAAAAAUGAUGUGAGACAACUGUUGGAGAAUGUGGAAAUCUUGAAAGUCGGUUUGAGUUUGAAGGAUGAUCUAAAGCAUACUGUAAAUUACUUGAAACUAAAGAAUAUAAAAAUUGGGUCGAUUAUAGAAUUACAAUCGUGUUUCAAAGUAUUAGAGGGAGAUUAAAAGCUUAGAUCCUUAGCCUAUAUAUCUGAGUUCUAUUUUAAAAAGAAAUUAAGUAAAUUUGACACCUGUAGCAAUUGGGAAUACAGGCCAUUACGAAAGGCUUAAGCACAUUAUGCUGCCUUAGAUGCUAUAAUCUCUUUAUAAUUGUAUUUAACCAUGAAAGAGAAGAACAAUCAGGUAAUGGAGAACUAAAAACAAGAAUUAUCUUUGGGUUGAUUACAAAUGAGUAUUCUAUAUUUUUAAGGUCAAAAUAUAUUGAA